AUGGCAGUCAAAUGGACUGGUGGGCAUUCAUCCUCUAUAUUGUGCCUGAGCACAAACACCGAAGGGCUGGUGGCUUCAGGUGCAGAGAGGGGUGAGCUCACCCUGUGGCACGGAGGAGGAGGCACUCCAGCAGGACAGCUGCAGCUCCCAAAGGAGGAUGAUGUCACCUCCCUGGUGUUCUCUCCACGCUGUCCCACCAGGCUGUACACCUCCCAUGGAGAAGCCAUCAGCCUGUUGGAUGUCCGCUCCCUCAAGGAGCCCCUGGAACGUUUCCACGUGAACCAGGAGGAGAUCAACUGCCUCUCAGUGAACGAGACAGACCAGUUCCUGGCUGCUGCAGAUGACUCGGGGGUGAUAAAGGUUAUAGACUUGGACAACAAGAAAGUCACCCGCUCCUUGAGACACUCAAACAUCUGCUCCUCUGUUGGUUUUCGGCCUCAGAGGCCUCAAAGCCUUGUUUCCUGUGGACUGGACAUGCAGGUUAUGCUGUGGAACCUGCAGAAGGCUCGCCCCUUGUGGACCACAAACCUGCAGGAGUGUGGAACUAAGGAGGACAGUCCCCAGUCAGCUGGGCAGUUCUUCAAUCCACCCCUUGCACAUUCCUUGUCUGUCGCAUCGUGCGGCAACAUCUUUGGCUGUGGAGCUCAAGAUGGUAAAGUCAGAAUAUUCAGAGUCACUGGUGUCAAGUUUGAACAGGAGCUGGAGUUUCAAGGUCACAGUUUGGGAGUGUCGCAGGUUCUCUUCAUGCCUGAGGGGUACUGCUUGUUGACUGGAGGAAAUGAUGGGAAAAUCUUGCUCUGGGAUGUCAGCAGUGAUGUUGGGAAGCAGCAGAAAAGUCCAGCAAAAACUCUGCAGAGAAGGAAGGCCCAAGCACCUGCUUCCACCAGGAAAGGUGGGAAGCUCAACCAAGUUGCUUCCAAUGAACACGCUAGAGUCUUACCAAAACUGACCAUUGAGCAUGGAGAGAAGGUGAACUGGAUCUCCUGCCUGGAGAUCAAAGGCUCCAAAAGAGUCUUAGUUGCUGAUCAGAGUAGUUCUGUGUCUGUGUACCCACUGCCAGAACUUUAG